UGCUUUAUCAGACACCGACAUGCGUUAAGAAGAAUCAAAUCCUAUAAAAUGUGAAGUUUUCAAAAGCGCCGUAAAUGGCAUGAAAAUCGCUGCAGACGUCUGUCAGGUGAAGGUCACAUAAGUAGCGUCAAGGAAGUGGUAUUCGCUGUAGUUGUUGUCAACGUGGCUAGACUUCGUCACUAUUUAUUUUGGGAGGCGAAGAGAAGAGAGACCGAAGCUCUUGUCACAGCGGUUGUCGUUAGACAGACGUGGUGAUCAUGGGGCAGAUGAGGAAAGCGAAAGACAUUCUCUGUCUUUCCAAAAACAUCGCUAGCUUCAGCGAUGGACAGGCCAGUAUGCUGGAUUUUCCCGACGACAACAUGGAUCACUUAAUGGUUCGCAUCAAACCAAAUAGCGGACUCUACCUAGGGGGAACUUUCGAUUUCGAGCUGAACCUAGACCCUUACCCAGAGUCAUCCCCAGGGGUUAGGUGUGUCACUAAAAUUUACCACCCUAACAUUGAUUGUAUGGAGGAAGAAGAUAAUGUGUGUUUGAACAUCCUGGACUCAGGCUGGUGCCAGGAUCUCCACCUGGAGGACGUAGUGCAUGGGCUGCUCUUUCUGCUGUACAAUCCAAACCUGGGUGACCCACUUAGUCCUCUGUUUGACUCUGAAACAACAUACGAGGAAUAUGCAGACAAUGUCAUAAAAUCUUUGCAGGGAGCACAGAUUGAUGACUUCAAAUUUGACUUCAAUUUCCAGUCAGAGUCAGGGGAUGGCAGCACAACGAAGGGAGAUAACUCUGAUUCGUCUCCUGUUUCUGAGGACACAGCAUGUCAAUUAGUGGAAGAGUUGAAGUUAGAUGAAGCUUGUUCUUCAGUUAUCUCCCCUGAUCUAGGUAGGCAGAUUUCAAAAGCUGAUCAUAAGAUUCUUGUGGAUGAAACAAAUGAGGGACUGACUAAUAUUUGUGAUGAUAAUAAAGAUGUGAUAAUUUACAAAAGCCAGUCUUUCAAAAAUAUGAUUGUUACUCCAGUAUUCACAGACAGUUUGAUGCCAGAGAUAAACUUAAUGACCAAAGUGUUACCAACUGUUUUAAAUCACUUUUUAUGUUGUUUAAGGCCAAACAAACCUGAAUGUGACCCACCUUUAUGAUGUUGUGAUGUGUUAUUAAAAUACUUGUAAGGUUGCUAGCAGUUUCAUUGUCAUUGUAAGAAUGUUAUAUGAAUGCAAAUGUAAGGAAAUAUUUCAAAUUUCAUUUAUUUCAGAAUUGGUUUUAUUUUGUUAAGUUCGGUAUUAGUCUUAGACAUUUGUAAGGAUUGUGCUUUUUCAGUGCCAUAUGUUCUGCCUGUUUGCAGUUUGGUGGCUGAGGUGAGAGUUGAGGAUGUUUGUACUUGUUGUUGAGUUAAAACUUUGCUUAGAAAAGGUCUGUCUAUUAUCCAUGACAGACAUUUCAUCAAAAUGACCAUGCUACAUACACUCGUGAUUUUGCUUCUUUCUUUAUCAGAAUUGCUUGUCACAUGAGAAACUAAAUGUCCAUAAGCUACAUACAAUUUUCAUUCAUAACAUGAAAAUACAUAAACAUAUCAUAGUAUUGUGCUAUUUUUUAUUUUAAAAAAUAGACAAAAAAAUAAGAGAUUGAAUCA